CAAGCUGACCCGGUUCGCUUCAGUGUUUGUGUCGGUGCAGCCUCGCGAGCAAACUCGUCAGAGCGGAUCGUUCCUUCCCUUUUUUUUUUUACAUUCCUAAGGCAAGGAGAGCCACGGGGAGUCGAACCGGGUAUCGAAGAGGCAGUCGUGGUACGCGAGACCGAGAGAACGGAACUCGACGAGAAGGAGCCCCGUCAAAAGGAUGAGCAAACAAUACACGAGGAGCGAGGUUGCCAGUAGCAACAACAAGGAAAAGACGUUGAUAAUCUUGCACGACAAGGUGUACGAUGUCGCUAGCUUCCUGAACGAGCACCCUGGCGGUGAGGAGAUCCUAUUGGAUCACGGCGGCAAGGAUGGUUCCGAGGAUUUCGACGACGUGGGCCACUCGGUAGACGCUUUGGAAUUAAUGAAGAAUUACUUGGUCGGCGAACUGGUCGAGGCAGAAAAGACGUACAAGAAGCCUAAGCACUGGAAUGCGAAAUAUAAUACAGAGAAUAAACAGGACCAAGGAACGUCGCCUUUGAUGCUGGCAGGAGUGGCCGUAGUCCUCCUCGCGGUUCUCUAUUUCGUGUACUUAUAAUUCUUAAUAAAUAAGAUGAUCCGUGUUUAAAUACGUGCGAAAGA